CAAACACCUUACAAAAGACACUAUUUAUCAGAUUUUGAAAAGCAAACAUGGUCACAUUAUCUCUUGUUCUGCUUCUGCUUUCAGUCCAGUGGUGCUGGGCUCAGGAAGACCCUCUUCUGCCUUUCUCUGAACACCUGGACCCCAAUCAGAAGGUGCAGCUGAAGUGGGGAUUUGAUGAGAUCCAGGGCACAAUCUUGUUUGAGCUCACGGUCCGCACCACCGGCUGGGUCGGUUUUGGCUUCAGCCCCAACGGAGGAAUGAUUGGAGCCGAUAUGGUCAUUGGAGGAGUUGGACCCAAAGGCAGUUACUUCACGGACCGUCAUGCUGUGGCGUUUUCAAUGCCUUUGAUUGACAAGCAACAGAACUACAAACUCCUGUCUCUGACUGAGUCUAAUGGGAAAACAGUCAUGAAGUUUCAGAGGUCCAUCAGCUCUUGUGAUGAAAAUGAUUUACCAAUCACUGAUCUCCCCAUGAAGCUGAUCUAUGCGUAUGGAGUGACUGAUGAAAUCCAAUACCACAGCAACCGAAGAGGGACAAAGGAGCUAAACCUGUUGAAGUACAUGCCUCGGGUCAAGUCUCCAAACAGCAACUUUUUUGACAUAACCAUGGACAAUCUCAAUUUACCAGCCAAACAAACCUACUAUCACUGCAAGAUCAUGAAAGCCCCAACGUUUGAUCACAAAAAGCACAUUUAUCGCAUUGAGCCACUGAUCACAAACAUUGAUGUCGUGCAUCAUCUUGUGUUGUACCGCUGUCCUCCGAGCGUGACCAAGCCAUUCGAGGAGGAGUGUUAUGUUGGGGUGGAUGCAAAGUGUAUAGAGGCUGUGGCGGUGUGGGGAAGUGGCGGAGGGGCUUUUGAAUUUCCUGAAGUGGCAGGACUUCCAAUUGGAGGAAAAGUUGAGGAUUUUUUCUACAAGCUUGAAGUGCAUUACAACAACCCCCAAAAAACUGCGGGUCGAGUUGAUAACUCAGGUCUCCGAUUCUUUUACACCUCUGAACUCCGUCAGCACGAUGCAGGUGUUCUGAUCACAGGGCUUGCGGUGCUCCCUGGGUACGCCAUCCCACCCAAAGCCAAAUCCUUCCUCACAUACGGCCUGUGUGACACUGCUUAUAUUCCAGAGGUUCUGGAGACACCAACUGAUCUUCAGGUUUUCACUGCGAUGCUGCACACACACUUAGCUGGACGGAAGGUGCGAGUCGGACACUUCAGAGGAGGUCAACAGAUCGAUUUCCUAGCUGUGGAUGAAAACUAUGAUUUUGAAUAUCAACAAGCAAUCAAUUUGGGUAAAACUAAAACUGUGAAGUUGGGUGACCAAUUGCUGGUGGAGUGCACCUAUAAUACUGAAAACCGCAGCACACUCACAUGGGGGGGAGUCUCCACUACAGAUGAGAUGUGUUUGGUCUUCCUCCUCUACUAUCCAGUUAUGAAUCUGAGUGUCUGUGCAAGCCUCCCAAAUCCAACUACUAUAAUGUCUGAAAUGGGAGCAAAAGAUCCAGCUACUUGGCUCAAUAUGAUGUCCAGUAAGACUUGGAAUGACACGUCUAUCAAUCAAUACCAACAAACACUGAAGAGAAUCGACCAGCUCGUCAUGGUCAUGGACUCAGAUAACAACAUAUCAAACAACACCGGGCUGAUUCCUGACCUCAAAGCCAUCCCGUCUGCACCCUGCGUGAGCGGCAGAGCCACCAGGAGCCUUGCUUUGCCAUCAGGGCCGUAGCUGGGGUUUGCGGGGCACUGGUGCAGGUUUUACCUGUGGGCCCUGUUUGAAAUCAUGUAAACCGCACAAAUAAAUAGAACAAAUAUACAAUUU